AUGAUUGGGGAUGGUGCAACUGAUCUUGAGGUGAGAAUCUUAAAUUGCAUUCCUGGUUGUAGACUUUUGGUAGAUCCUCAUGGCCAAACUGAUCAAAACCCUCCUCCCUCCCCUGCUAGCGUCUUUCUUUCGUGGCUCGACAACCAGGAGGUGCUGAUUUGUUUAUUUGCUGUGGGGGAGUGCAACUUCGGGAGACUGUUGCUGCUAAAGCUGAUUGGCUAA